AUGGCUGAUCAACUUCAAUCGCAUGUACCUUCAACAACUCAAUAUUCGGGGUUUUCUCCUCCACCGUCAAAUGGAAAUUUGGGAACAUAUGGAUAUGACUAUGGAAAUGGCAAUGGAGGUUCGGGAAAUUAUCAAUCAAGCAGGCGCGACUUGAGCGUCAACGAUAUCGCAGACAUAGAUGACCCUAUCCUUUUGAUGGAAACUCUUACAAGAUGGGAUUCUCGCAGUUAUGAUAACUCUAUACCUACACACACCAACUCACAAUUCACAAACCAUUUACAAACUGCCGAAACAGCUAGGGGAAUAAAUGUUAUACAACUGGGGACCCCAUCGAGUAAUAAUGAUAACGCACAAACUACUCGAGGUACACCAACAAAGACAUCCUUAAAGCGUCGCAGAGAUGAUUUGGAAGAACUAGCAGAGGAAGGGGAGGAAAUGUUUGGUUUCAUAAAUGCCAAAUCUAAACCAAGAAAAGUACGCAAACUCACAGCGGAAGAGGAGGAGGAAGCCGCGAGAGAACGAGAAAUAUGGGGAUCGGAACCUUCUGAUUUCGAGGAAGAUGAUAAUGAAGAAAACGGGGAUUCUCUUUCCAAAUACACGACAAUUCCUGAUCUCAAACCAAGAGCGCAUGGCGUCCAUGGAGCUGCAGCAAUCUUCCGGAAAACAUCUGCAGCUGGCAGAAAAUACACCAGACCAGCAAUGUCGAAAGUCUUCACAAAAUUGGAAAUGGCACCCGAAGAUUUCAUUACGCUACAGGCUGCAGCCAAGGACUAUAUGCUGGAUCCGGAACACCCAGAUCGAAGCGCCUGCGUUGGUAGUAAAGACAAAAGAGAUAGUGACAUGACGAAGCUGAAGCUAUAUGCUUGUGUCAGAAAUUUCUUGGCCGAUGAGGGAGAAGGAUGGGGCGAGAAACUUUUUGGUAAAAAUUCUCCAAGUGGUGCUACAAGAAAAUGGAUGUGGCCUGAAAUGCCGAACAGAAUCAUCUCCAGGGUGACUCCUUUGUUGCGUCGCAUGGUUACCAAUGAGAGACAGCGAUUAUAUGCCCUCAACCUAAGAGUUCAAAAGAGGAAAGAGGACGAGCUCUUCCAGUUACAAGCCGCAUCCUCCAAUGGCAGUCCAGCAUCCAAUUCUUCAUCAAUUGACCCUAGACUCAACUUACCCAAUCAAAAUACAGUCGACAAAGCUAUAGUAGACAAUGCAACCGCGAACGGGGCAGCUAAGACGCAGACAGCCAAUGCACCAAAGGUUAGUGUCAAGCAGCCGGCACCACUUGAGUACCAUAUCAACAUUAUCCACAAUGGCAAGCGUAUCAAGGACAUGUUUACCUUGAAUCCCACAAACUGUGUAGGUUUUGUAAGCUUUACUGGACAUGUUGAUGCAGCAGUAAAGGCACCUUACAAGAAGACGGUUAUGAAGGUCUUGGGUCCUAAUGGCUUGGUGGAGGUAAAAUCAGAAGCAACCUUUGCCAUGGCUUUAGUGUCAGUAAGAAAAACAGAGUGGAUGGAUGGAGACGUCAAGAUCAUCGUUGAGACGGAAAUGACGCAGUGA